AUGCCAUCCUCACCGUCCAGGGUGGUCCUUUACUGGCAUCGCACCGAUCUCCGUCUCCACGAUUCCCCAGCUCUGCACGCCGCUCUCGCCUUAAAACCCUCAACCUUCAUUCCAAUCUGGACGUGGGAUCCACACUAUGUCUAUCGCUCCCGAGUAGGCCCGAAUCGCUGGCGCUUUCUACUAGAAUGUCAAAGCGAUCUUUCAGAAUCCUACAAGAAGCUCAACUCCAAGCAGAAGCUAUGGGUAGUGCGCGAGGCGCCGCAGACCGUUCUCCCGAAACUGUGGGAGGCGUGGGGAGUAACGCAUUUAGUCUUUGAGAAGGACACAGAUUCAUACGCAAGAGCACGAGACGAGGAGGUACUGCAAUUAGCAGAGAAGGCUGGAGUAGAGGUAAUUGUGAAGAUGGGGAGAAAUCUGUUUGAUCCCGACGAGCUGGUCGCAAAGAAUGGGGGCAAGGCGACGAUGAGCAUGUCGCAAGUGGAGAAGGCUGCUGAGAAGAUCAAUUCUGGGCAACCCGACAAGCCUUUGGAUACACCAGCAAGUAUUCCCGAUCCGUGGGAUUGGGAGAAGAUGAAGCUGGACAAUAUCACACAAGACGGCGUUGAGGCAGAGCCUGACUUGAAUGCGGAACAUCGAACCAGCAAGGAUAAGCAGUAUACUGCCAUUAUGGGUCCGAAGAAUGAUUUUGGGGUACCAACGCUCGAAGAGAUAGGCAUCAAAGCCUCGAAUGUAACGACACCGCAUCGGGGCGGAGAGACGGAGGCGCUGAAGCUUUUGUCCAAGUCCAUCAAAAACGAAGAAUAUAUCGGUCGAUUUGAGAAGCCUAAAACUUCACCUGCAGACUUCGAGCCACAGUCCACCACCCUCCUCUCGCCGCAUCAUCACUUCGGUUCUCUCUCCGUGCGCAAAGUCUGGUGGGACGUCCAAGAUGUGUUGAAAAAGCGCAAAGCCCAAAAUAAGCCCACAUCGUCGAUCCCGACCAAUUUCCCUGGCCAAAUACUAUUUCGAGAUAUGUACUUUGCUGCACAGGCCGCAGUGGGUCCUGCCUUCGCCACGACGUAUGGUAAUCCCGUCGUAAGGCUGAUCGACUGGCAUUUGCAGUCCAAGAACCUGGUAGACGGGGACUCAGACGCCGAUCCCGAGGCGGAUACCCGGAGGUACACCGUUGAUUCCGAAGAUGCAGAACAGUGGUUUAUUCGCUGGAAAGAAGGGCGCACGGGCUUUCCCUGGAUUGACGCACUAAUGCGGCAAUUGAGGCAAGAAGGGUGGAUUCAUCAUCUCGGCAGACAUAGUGUUGCCUGUUUUCUGACGCGUGGAGGCUGCUACGUAAGCUGGGAACGAGGUGCAGAGGUAUUUGAGGAACUGCUGAUUGAUCAUGAGACAGCUUGUAACAUAGGGAAUUGGAUGUGGCUUUCCUGCACGGCUUUUUUUGCGCAAUUUUACCGUUGUUAUUCUCCGAUUGCGUUUGGGAAAAAGUGGGAUCCGGAGGGUCACUUUGUGCGGCGGUAUUGUCCCGAACUAGCGCAGUUUGACAAGAAGUAUAUUUAUGAGCCUUGGAAGGCGCCGAUUGCCGAUCAGAAGAAGUGGGGAUGUCGGGUUACGGGGGAUGGAAGUGGUUCCGCAGAGGACGGACAGACGUAUCCGAAGCCCAUGUUUGAUUUCGAUCAACGGCGGCAAGUAUGUCUAGAUAGCAUGAAAAAUGCGUAUGAUGUUGGAUUGCAUGGAGCGGAUAAAGAAGUCAUGAAUGGUUCUUGGAGAGAAAGAUUUGACAUGGAUGAGAAGCCUCCAAAACGCCAGAAAACAGAAAAAUGA